UUAAUAUUGAGGUGUGACGAUUAUCGUGAUACUGGAUUAAGAGAUGAAGAUCGCAACCACCUUGUUCCUAUUCGUCGUCGUUGGGUGUACGUGGCGGGAGACCUUAGCGACUUGCGUACUGGAGUCCGAUUUUGGUUUCAAGCUAAACUGCGCCUUCAAAAAAUCCGGCCUAUUUCGGGUUCGAAAUCUUGGAGGCGUCAAAGGUUUCGUAGGUCUUGGAUUCUCGGUUGGAGAUGAACUCGGAUUUCCUGAAUCAAUUUCCAAUUUGGAAAGCAGCAAGAGACGAAGUGUUCAAGUCCGGGGAAAUUCAAUUCCCGUAGGAACGUCAAACGCGCGUAUGCCGCAGAAUCCACGCGCUGUUCCACCCUUCAAACCUUUGCCACCUGGUGGAGUUCGGCCGAUGGCUCAGCAGACGGAGCGUCAGAGAUUAGUGGUCCAGCAGAAUGCAACUGCUCUGAAAACAGUCGGUGCACCUUCAUUCGCCGCGAUGCAGACGGAGAAUGCAAAGCUGCAACAGCGAACCCAGCAAGAGGCCUUUGCUCUUCAGAUGCUGAAGCAGCAGCAGGCGCAACAGCAACAAGCCAUCAGGCAACAGCAACAGCAGCAAAUGAUCGCCAUGCAGAACAAGAGGAUACAGGCUGAUUCAUCCCCCAUGGCAUCGUCAGUCAGAGUUCCUGAUAUAAUAUUGGCUCAACCCGUAACAUCAGGAAUUACUGCAAACAUGGAAACUGUUCAAGCCUAUAGUAAUGGUCUUCCGCCGUUCGUCGCCAUGCCGCAAUCGUCUUCCCAGCUUACAGACAGGAUCAGCCACAGUCCCACUCUGCUCGAGGACUCGAUGAACGAGGUUGCAAAGGACGAUUUUUACCAGAUUCCCAUACCAUCGGACGAGGCUGUUUCAUCGGUUAAUCAGUUGACUCUUAGAUCCAUAUCUCCAGCAGCUGUUAACCAGGGUCUACAACCUCAGCAGGAGUACAGUAAACAGAAUGCCCAGCCUCCGAUGAUCUCCCCGUCUUCAUUGGCGUCGUUCCAAGGCAUGGAACCCUCUCUGAAGGCCUUGGCUGAGGCGAGCAACGUCACUUUGGAGGCUUUGGAAACUGCCAUUUUACUCAGACAGCAACAGUUGCUGCGAAAGCAUGAGGAACCAACGACCAGCACCACCACAACUACUACCACCACUACUACGACGUCGAGUCCCGUAAGAAACAGGUACAGUCUGGCUGCACCUAGCAAGGUGAUGAAUGCUCCCCGCGAGUAUUACCCUGUUGGAUACGACAAAAACUUUGACGACAAUUUCGCAAGCCGCGUCGAAUUGCCUGAUACCAGCUUUUACUGUGGCGAUCAGAAACAUUUUCCUGGACUUUACGCCGAUGAGGAUCUUGGAUGCAUGGUAUUCCACGUCUGUGCUCUUACCGACGAUGGUCUCAUCAUGAAGAGUUUCUUGUGCCCUGAGUCGACGCUUUUUGACCAAACGGUUCUCAAGUGCAACUGGUGGUUCUACGUCGAUUGCAAAUCUUCGAAAAAGUUGUACGACAGUAACAUUCCCAUAAGCAAAAGUUACCAGCUUAUGAAAGCUCUCGCCUUUUUCUCAGCCUACAAAAAUCACGACAAUGGAACCUCAAGCUCGACUGAUGAGAGCUUGUGAAUGUAGUUUGCGAGUUCGGCAAGGAUUAUGUUACGUUAGGAUGCAAAGGAGUGGAUACUAACUGAUGAGAGGCGAAUCCUCAUCUAUAUUCACGCUCCUCUAGUGAUUGUAUAUUUUGUGCAAAACACAAAGUGGACAAUAGAUCAAACCAUGAAAUAAGGCUGUAGUUUUAGUAGAAUAAUCCAAAUAAUUUGAGUAAUAAUCUGAAAACAUACCUGUGCAAAUCGUGAAUGAUUUUGUACAUAGAUGUGUGCAAUUUCAAGCGAUUUACGGCCGAUUGCGAGAGCAGUUAUUGGAUGGGUCUACGAAUGGUCUAUUACAUAAUUUAUUUGACGAUUGUAACUACGAUAUUUGGCUUUAAAAAUGGAAAUGUAAAUAAUUUAUUUUCAUAAAUAGCAUUAAUCGGUAGGUGUAAGAUAUUCAAAGGCGUAUCAGUGAUGUAAUUGUAAAUAGUUUGAAAUCAUUUACACUCAAUCAUUCAUUAAAAAGAGCAAAAUACUCUGCGAAAUUCAUGA